UCAAGACAAACAAACAAACCAAGAGGCAAAAAGAAGCAUCCCAAUAACAUUUGGUACACAUGGAAAUGAGCAAGGUUCUGGUGGUAGGUGGUACUGGGUACGUAGGACGAAGGAUUGUUAAGGCAAGCCUAGCCCUAGGUCACCCAACCUAUGUCCUUCAAAGGCCAGAGAUUGGUCUUGAUAUUGAGAAGCUGCAGAUGCUCUUGUCCUUCAAGAAGCAAGGGGCUCACCUUGUGGAGGGCUCCUUUUCUGAUUUCCAAAGCCUUGUUCGUGCUGUCAAGCUUGUCGAUGUUGUCAUUUGUACCAUGUCCGGGGUGCAUUUUAGGAGUCACAACAUUUUGUUGCAGCUCAAGCUUGUUCAAGCUAUCAAAGAAGCCGGAAAUAUUAAGCGUUUCUUGCCAUCAGAGUUCGGUCUAGACCCAGCACGUAUGGGACAUGCACUUGAACCGGGAAGAGUCACAUUUGACGAGAAAAUGGUGGUGAGAAAGGCAAUACAAGAUGCUAAAAUCCCCUUCACUUAUGUAUGUGGUGCUGCCUUUGGGGGUUAUUUUGCGGGUAACCUUUCGCAGAUGGGGACUGUCCUUCCUCCAAGGGAGAAAGUGCUUCUUUAUGGAGAUGGUAACUCUAAAGUCACUCUUAUGGAUGAAGAUGACAUCGCAACAUACACGAUCAAGACGAUAGAUGAUCCACGAACAUUGAACAAAACAUUGUACCUUCGUCCACCUGAAAACGUACUCUCUCAGAAGCAAUUGGUCGAAAUGUGGGAGAACCUUCUCGGAAAGAAAGUAGAAAAGAUCACUAUUUCUAAACAAGACUUUCUUGCUUCUAUGAAAGGCAUGGACUAUGCAGGCCAGGUAGGAGUGGGGCAUUUUUACCACAUUUUCUAUGAAGGCGAUCUGACAAACUUCGAAAUCGAGGGAGAAGGAGUAGAAGAAGCUUCAAAGCUUUACCCGGAAGUGAAAUAUACACGCAUGGAUGAAUACUUAAAAUUAUAUGUAUGAAAUCAUUUCAAUGUAUUUAAUAACAGUUUCUCCUAAAAUUAUAUGUUGUACUGUAAUCCAUCUAUGCACUUUUAUGCGUGUAGUAGUAGUGUAUGUUCAAUCAAUACGAGCGUGGCAUAUAUACUGCUAGUGAUAAGGAACCUUACUAUGUGUGUGUGUGUGUGUGUGUGUGUGUGUGUUAUAUGUAAUAGAGUGAGGGCUGAGUGAGAAAUCGAAAGGCAAUAGCCAGUGUUGUAUUGUUGCACCAAAGCCAUAAUAUAUCAAAUAUUACUAACAUUUCAGUAAUAUA